AUGGCUAUCAUCUAUAUUUUCUUGGUCGAACGUAUCCAUGUCGUCCGCGCGCCUUUCGUCAAUAGGCGAAAAGACAAGAUAUACCUAUGCUGCAUGGCUAUGAUUGUCGUAUUGUACAGUACCGUCGCCAUCAACGCCUAUCUCAACCAUGUCACCGAGUUGCACGAAUCGGACGGACGCUGCCACUUUGGCAUUCGCGGCAUCGCAUCGAUACCAUUUACCGUGGUCAACUUCUUUACGAACAUCAUUCUGACUGUGGUUUUCUUUUACCUACUCUAUCCGGUCGUAGGGUUACCCUGCGCAUCAACUCUUUCCAGGAUGUUCAAGAGGAAGUCAGAUCAGAUUGAGGAUGCAGUGCAUGGAGGACAGGAUACGCCAGCUAGGAAGAAUAUCAAGACAUUGCUGUGGAAGAGUAUCAUUGGAUCGCUCUUGAUAGAGAUACCGACGGCGGCGAAUAUGGUACAAUUCUUCCUUACCAGGGGUGAAGAGCUGGGCAUGAUAUGCCUCACGAUCUGUUUGGUGGACGUAUGCUGGGACGCGCUCAUAAUCCACUGGCUUACGUUCAGCUCUUCGGCAUCAGCGGCAGAGAAGGACUUGUCGCGAUCGACAUUGGUAUCCAAAGAGGAGCUCGACCUGAUCCCGGGACGAACUCUCUCACCAUCAAAAAGUCGCGACGAUGGGAAAACAAACACGCAAUUUACGGCUGAAAAGCCAACAGACGCGAAUCUGGCCGCGUUCGACUUCUCGUGUGAAGGCGCUCGAGACUCGACCACUGAGCUGAUAAGGCCGGCACCUGUCAAGCAAUGA